AUGGAUCAAAGCGCUCAGCUUCUAAAAUAUUAUGAGAAUCAAUACAACAAAUAUUCUAAGCAGAGUCAAGAAUUAGAAAAGCAAAUCGAAUUUUGGAAGAACGUUGAUGCCAAAGUCGGAAAUAAUAAUAAUUUCGAUGACUUCAACAAAGAGAAUGAAGGUCUUGAGGUCGAAAUCAAACGCAUUGUUGAAGAUUCCAAGAUCUACAUUGCCAGCCAAAAAUACCGAGACCUCCAACAGACCGAUUUCCAACGAAAGUUCUUAUCCGCUCAAUACAUUUUAUGCAAGCUCUGGGAAGAAGCUAAAAAUGACAAGGACAGGCGUGAGCAAACUUUAAAGGAAUGCCAGAACCUUAGCAACCAGAUUACAUCAUUCGAAGAGCAAACUAAGCCAAUUGUCGAGGAAACCCUUUCCAAUGUCAGAAGAACAACCUCAAACUCAAGACUUGCUAAGCGCAACAUCUUUCAUCUUCAAUGUAAACAACUUAUAGAUAAAAUGGAGUCGGAGCAGAAAAUCCUUCAAGAAAAGACGAUAAAGCUCACUGCUUCCACCGAAUCGAAUGUCCUCUCAGCUAAACUUCUUGCUCACGAAGCAAAUGCCAAGGCAUUGACCUUAAAACGCGCUAUCCUUACUACGCAAGACCAAGACGAACUUCAUGACCUCUGUGUAUGCAUGGCUAGUCACUGUGAAGAAAUGAACCGACUUCUCCCCGAAAUUCCUCAAUAUGAUGGAAUCAUCCAAUAUACCCAGCAAGUUACAAAUCGCCUUGAAGCCGAACGCCUACAAAUUAUCCAAAGCAUCCAGAAAUACGUAUCCGCGUUCAAGGCUCUCGAUCCAGUUUUUGCCGCAUUACUUGGAAUCAACGACCAAGUUUAUCUUGAGUACGACAAGCUUUCAUUCAACAACGAUGAUACUAAAUACCAGAUCAAGGAUGUCGCCGAUCAAGCCACCAACGCUAAACAGCAGAUUGAAGAGUAUAAAACAAGAUUGGAAACAACGAAACACAUUUUAUCAAAGGAAGAGCAAAAUCUCAAAGAUGAAGAAACAGCACAUGGUUUUACACAUGACCAAUUAGCCCAAGAAAUCACAAGUCUCAAAAACAAACUCCAAAAGAUGAAUAAAACCGAUAGCAAAUCCCUUGAAAGCAUAUGUAACAAUAUCAUUGGAAACAUCGCUGCUUUCGUCAAUCCGACAAAACAAACUGGUGUUCAGAGCGCAAUCUCCAAAGAUUUCAUGGAAAAAUUCAAUAGUUUCAAUAACAUCGUUGGAGAUCUUUGCAGAAACAUCAAGAAACAGGACAUUGAAAGGAAACAAGGCGAUUUAAUUAAAUUACGUCAGAACUUCGCCGAUAAAUUGAAGGAUAAUAAUAUCCAGAUCUACAAUCCAGAAUUAAUCUAUGUUUACGAUCCAAAUUUCGUCUGCAUUGCACAUAACGAGAAAGACAGUGUCCUACAAAUUAUUGGUGGAAAACCAGGUGCUUUAGCAGAAGCUCUUGUUAAUCCAACAGUUAUACAACAUGAUCCUCUCUACCACAUCAUUCUUUUACUCCACAUUUGCUAUACAAACAUUUCUAAUCAAGAUAUCAUUAUUCACAUCACUAAUUUCUUGAGUUACACAUUAAGUGCAAUUGAAAAAACGAACACAACUGUAGAGAAUCAAGCGAAAGCCAUGGAUGCAUUCAAGAUGAGAUCAUAUCCAAUUCCUGAUUACGAUGCUCCGGAUUCAACAAUUAUCGUAAACUCUUUCUCCCAGUAUAUUUACGAUUGGCUCAUCUAUUAUCCAGCUUGCUUCAAAGGAAACAAUCAAGGUAUUGAUGAAAUCGAAAAAUUAAUCAAUUUGAAGACUACGCCAUACAAGGAUAUUAUCUUGGAUAUGUUUAAGCCGAUUAAGGAUCCUAAGUAUCAGAAAAACGGCCCCGUUUAUAAGCAAGCUCAAAAAGAUUUCUCGGAAAUCGAGAAUGGAUGCAACGAUUUCAUGAUCAGAGCUUUCGAGAUCUAUCGCAACAUGAAUGUUAAGGAAGUUCUCAACUUCAUCUGCAAUAGUUCACAAGCACAAGAUGAUUACCACUCAAAGAUCGUUGCAUUACGCAAGGAAUUCCAAUCAUUUAUCUAUACAUCGACCAUUAAUGAUAAGAGGGCUAAAUACAUCUUAAUUGGCUGGUUCCACGCAGCAAUUGAUGCAUUAAGGAAAUACAAGAACUACGAACUCUUUUCUGCUAUCGCUGAAGCAUCAAAUAAGAUGACAGAUGAUUUCAUUGCUUCUGUAUCGAAGAAAUACAAGGAAAAGUUGCAAGAAUUGGAACAAGUCCAAGCUGAGCUCAAGUCUGCAAAAGAAGAAUACGAAAAGAUCAAAUUCCAGAUCGCAUCCGAUGUAGUUCCUUCUAUUCUCGAUUUCGAAAAGAAGAUUUUCGAUACAAGAAAUGAAUUCUUAAAGAAUAACAAGACUUCUAAAGUUCCAAAGGAUAUGCAGUCUAUCGAAUUAAUGAGAGAACUCGCUCCACUCUUCAAGGACUUCUUUGCUUCUAAGAAGGCAAAUAUCACUUUCUUCCUGCCAACUGAACAAAUCUCUAAGAUCAUGGCACACUAUCCUAAACAAAUCACUGAAGAAGACCUUCUUGAGAAGAAGAGAAAAUAA